AUGACAGGCGGUGUGGCGGAAGUGACCACUGGCAUUCUCCUGGUGGCCGGUUCCAGCGUCACUGCGGGUACAGAGACCGGCGGCCUUCAUACCACCUUUCGGAGGUCCUCUAGUAUCUGCUGCAGGAACAGCUCGUGCGUGUUUAACACGGCUUCUUGUGCGGAGAUCGCUUCCUGCAGGGACUCCAACUUCGCUGGGUCCACGGUAAAGGGAGAUUUUUCUGUCAUGCUGGGGACUGGCAGGCUGGAAACAGAAUCUGCAUCGACGAAUGGUCUACAGCUUGUGAAAGAGGCUCUGCUUGAACAUGGUGAAAAUUUUGCUGUUCGUCCAGCAGUACCACUAUCUGAAGAUAUUAUGUUGAACAAGGGUUUGUUUGUCUCCAACGGAUAUCAAUGGAAGCAACAAAGAAGGUUUGCUCUCUCUACUCUGAGAAACUUUGGACUGGGGAAGAGAAGUCUUGAGUCACAGAUCCAAGUGGAGUGUAGGUUCCUAAAUGACAUCAUAGACAAGAGUCAAGGCCAGCCAUUUGAACCUAUUUCCGUUGUUAACAAUGCUGUUGCCAACAUUAUCAGUUUUGUGGUGUUUGGUGACCAGUUUGACUACAGCGACAGCUACUUCCAAACACUGCUAAAAAUAAUCAAUGAAGCAGUUUAUUUGGAGGGAAGCAUUUGGGCUCAGUUGUACAACAUGUUCCCAUGGCUGAUGCGCAGAUUACCUGGUCCACACAAAAAAAUAUUAUUUCACUGGGCAAUUGUAAUCGACUUUGAAAAACUAAAAAUUAAGGAGCACAAGGAGGAUUGGGAUCCUUCAACUCCGAGAGAUUACAUUGACAGCUUCCUUUCUGAGAUGGAAAAGAGGAAAGAUGAUGCUGAAGCAGGUUUCAAUGAAGACAACUUGUGUUCUUGCACUCUGGACCUGUUUUUAGCUGGGACUGAAACAACUUCAGCUACUCUGAACUGGGCUUUACUGUAUAUGAUUAAAUACCCAGAAAUACAAGAGAAGGUACAAGCGGAAAUAGACAAAGUACUUGGACCCUCACAUCCAGCCACCAUGGCAGACAGAGCCAAUAUGCCCUACACCGACGCUGUUAUUCAUGAAAUACAGAGGAUGGGCAACAUUAUACCACUGAAUGUGCCACGUAUGGCUGUAAAGGACACUACAAUUGGAGGAUACACAAUUCCAAAGGGUACUAUGGUGAUGGGAACUUUACAGUCUGUUUUGUUUGAUGAGUCUGAGUGGGAGGCUCCUUUCACAUUUAAUCCUGGCCAUUUCCUGGAUGAGGAGGGCAAGUUCAAAAGAAGAGAUGCCUUCUUGCCUUUCUCAGCUGGGAGCAGGAUGGGUCUUGGGGAACCACUGGCUCGAAUGGAGUUGUUUCUAUUCUUCACCUCCCUUCUCCAGCAGUUCACAUUCUCUUCACCCCCAGGUGUGGAGCCCACCCUGGAAUUCAAAAUUGGAUUCACUCUUCAACCAAAGGGAUACAAGUUAUGUGCUGUACCCCGCUGA